AUGUCGGACUCGAGUUCUGACGAGGGCAGUGGUCCCGUCUCGUGGACACCCUACUGCCAGAGGGACGAUUGGAAUGACGUGGUUCCCGUCCCUCAGGAUGACGGACCACACCCUGUUGUGCAGAUUGCAUAUUCUGAAAAAUUUAAGGAUGUGUAUGACUACUUCCGAGCUGUGAUAUCCAAACAUGAGAUCAGUGAACGGGCACUCAGUCUUACAAAGGAUGCUGCAGAGCUCAAUCCUGCCAACUAUACAGUCUGGCAUUACCGUCGAGUUCUUCUGAAGGCAUUAAAGAAGGAUAUUGCAAAAGAGCUGAGCUACAUCUCCGAGGUUAUUGAAGACCAUCCUAAAAACUACCAAGUAUGGCAUCACCGCCGUGUCAUGGUCGAGUGGCUCAGUGACCCUUCACAGGAGCUCAAGUUUACUUCUCAGAUACUGCGAGGGGAUGCUAAAAACUACCAUGCCUGGCAACACAGACAAUGGGUGAUUCAGCACUUUAGUCUAUGGGAGGGCGAGCUCAACUACGUUGAUGCACUUCUUCAGGAUGAUUUACGAAACAACUCUGCCUGGAAUCAGCGCUACUUUGUGGUCAGCAAUACAACAGGAUUUACAGGCGAGAGCCUGGAGGAGGAAGUCAGAUAUGCUCAAGAAUUUAUUAAGAAGGCUCCAAACAAUGAAAGUGCAUGGAAUUACUUAAAAGGGGCCCUGAUGGACCAUGACUUGAGUCAGUAUCCAGGUCUGAUGGACUUCUGUCUACAGCUGUAUGAGAGCCGGUAUCGCUCGCCAUACUUAAUGGGAUGUAUGGUGGAUACAUAUGAGGAGAUGCUAGAGAAGGAUUGUGACGACAGAAACAGUGUGCUAGACAAGGCCACUGCACUGUGUAAGUCCCUGGCAGAAGAGUUUGACACCAUCAGGAGUGAAUACUGGAAUUAUGUAUCAAGAGUGUUAUCUACAAAAUACGGAAAUACAAAUUCGGACACAACACAGAUUCCUUCUGCUCCUUCCUAGUCCAAGUGCUUUAAUCAUAUAUAUUUAUACCUUUCUUCCCCAACCAGAAAGAUUUCCUUAACCGAUCCAAGAUUUCUCCAUGACUUGUGAAUCAAAUGCACGGAAAAUACUUCAUUUUUUUCUUGCUAAAAUAUCAAGGAAGUUUAAGAAGAAACCUGUGAGAAUGGGAAUGUUAUAUUGCUAUAAGUCUGUAUUAUAUAGACUGAUCAUAUACAGUUGGAAGUCCUUGGACAUGUGAUCCGCACCAGAGUCUCCGGAAGGCUGAUGAUCUCAUACCUACAUUAGGUAUACAAAUAUUACAUAUCUCACAAAGAGGAUUUUUGUUUUCAUUUCAUACAUCAUGGAUGGAAUGUGUAGGAAUUUUUCAUUGUAGGGAGUAAAAAGAGAAAGAACUGGAAAGGCUCAUCAAUUAAUUUGAUUGAUAUAUUUGCCACACAACCUGGAAUAUUUUUUACAUGUGAAACAGAAUUUUUUGUGCUGCAUUGAAACCUAAAUGGACAAUAUUUUGAUUUAAUAUCUCUUUCUUUUGUGAUGUCACAAUUCAUGUGAUGUCAUGGAGGUGUGAUGUCAUGAAAAUAGAUCUUUUGAUUAGAUGUCUUGAUGAUGCUUUUACAUGGAAACAUUUACAUACUUUAAGAUCAGAAUCACAAAUUUCAUGGCUUUACAAAAAUAUACAUUUUCCUUGGCACUUGCUUUACUGGGUAAAUCGUGCUCACAAAAUCCAGUAGUGCUCUAAUCCAUGUCAACUUUUAUCUGUGUAUGAUUUUGUGGACAUAUAAAUUCAUGGAGUGGUCAGGAAUUCAAUGAAAAUAAAUUCCCAUGAAAAUUUAUAAUUUUGAGUAGUUUUAAUGAAACUCACCACAACUAUAUUGUUAAUAUUGAAUUCAGUAAUUUUUGGGACUUGCAUACUUGAGUUCUGAACUCAUGAUUUUCCUGUGAAACUCCCUCAAAUUUUGAAGUCCAACUAUCUUUUUAGAAAAGAGAUUCAUCAAAUUUUUUGAAGUGGUGUUCUGUACUUGCUAGAAAAAAUCCUACAGAAUUUAAUGAAAAAAAAAUUUAAUAUUUGUUGAAAUUAAAAUUACAUGUAAUACAUAUUUACAUAGAAGUUUCUUGAAUGUACUUUUGAUAUACUGAAAGGAGAAACCUUAUGUGUACAUGAAAUCAAAUGCACUAGGUAUGAUGUAAAUUAAUUCUAGAGCUUUCAUAUGUUUUUCUGCUGGUUCUGCAAUAAUUGGGGAUGGGCUUUUUAUUUACCAGAUAUUGGUUAAUUUUCAGAUAAUUCGGAAUAUAAGAUAAAGUAAUGAUUGGUUGUGAUGCUCGUAAUUUGACCCGUAGAAUAACAUAGCUAUUGUAAGGUUGUUGAGGUUUGUUUGCAUAGGUAAUUACCUCAUGAGCACUCAGGGUAAUUUUGAGGCUAGAUCUCCUUGUAGUGGUUGGUGACCAUCUCGCUGAACAACAUAUGGGAGACCCGUCACAUGCCAUUCAGAGCAAUAAGGGCAAAGUGUCAAGCCAACGGACACAAUGAUAUCAACACAAAAUGGUGCUUUGUGAACUAUGCACCUCAGAUUUUCAUGAAAGGUUAAGUAGGCCAGCGCUCUACAACUAUCGUGGCUUCUUGGUGCAGAGGGGAUAUCUACAGUUUAUAAUGAGAUUAGAACUUUUCGAGUUCCGAGGUACUUGUCCAGUAGUGAGCAAGGAAGAUGACCUUGUCUAAUAGUGAGCGAGGACGAUGACCUUGUCUAAUAGUGAGCAAGGACGAUGACCUUGUUUAAUAGUGAGCGAGGAAGAUGGCCAUGUUUAAUAGUGAGCGAGGAAGAUGGCCAUGUUUAAUAGUAUGCGAGGAAGAUGGCCCUGUUUAAUAUGGAGCAGGGAAGAUGGCCCUGUUUAAUAGUAUGCGAGGAAGAUGGUCUUGUUUUAUAGUGAGCGAGGAAGAUGACCUUGUUUAAUAUUGAGCAGGGAAGAUGGCCUUCUUUAAUAGUGAGCAGGGAAGAUGGCCUUCUUUAAUAGUGAGCAGGGAAGAUGGCCUUCUUUAAUAUUGAGCAGGGAAGAUAACCUUGUUUAAUAGUGAGCAGGGAAGAUGGCCUUCUUUAAUAGUGAACAAGCUGGAAAAUCAUGAUAAUGAAAUAGAAAGCUCUAUUAUUAAACAUUAUAGAUGAAUAGAUGGAAUUAAUUUCUGUUCAAAAAUCUGGAUUAUGUUGUGUAAGCUCACCUAGCACAAAGAACUGGUGUAUAGGUUAGCAUAAGUACAAAGAUCUCCUCAAGAUGUCUGUUUAUUUGGUGCAAAGGUCAGGUAGAGUUAUCACCUCAUUAGAUGACAAGUCUGAUUAAAUGACAAGGUCUCAUUGAGGUUUACAUUCACCUGGCUCAAAACAAUAGUCAAGGCAUUAACUUGUUUAAAGAUGUGUUCAAAUGGUAAGGGUUCACCAUGUUACUGUUGUAUUAGACAUGUUUAGUUGGUGACUAUUAUGAUGGUAUGACAUAAUCAUAUUGGAGUUGUGACUGUAAGCAUUUUCAAUGUAAGGUUAUAAAUUAUAUGUGUAAAGCUUUGGUGUACACUAGGUACAGUAUUUCUGGUAUGUAACAAUUAUGGCAAAAAAAUUCAGACUAGAAAUGCUUGUAUGUUAUUGAUUUUGUAUGUACAUGUAUUUGUAAAUGACGAUCAUGUGUUUAUUUCUUUUAUAGUCGUUUUGUUUGUAACAUACAGUAUUUACAAUGAUUUUGUAUUAUCAAGAAAUGAAGCCUUGAAUUGAGUACUAUAUGAUAUGUUAUAUGCAAAUAAAAUGGAAAGAUAGAGGAAGAUCUCCAUACAACAUAAACAAAGCAUAUUUCAUUGUUGUUGUUACAGGCAGCACCAGUUAUUGUGUGACGCGUGUACACCUUCACAUUAGUGAAUUUUGUUUGUAGAGGUCGAUGAAAUACUGGACAAUUUUGCUUUGAUUACUGGAGUACCAGUGCUGCGGGGAAUCAAACCCCAUACAUCUUGGUGAAAGGCGAGUGUGCUACCUGACCACCCAUAGAAAUAGGAGUAGUAAAAAAACCUAAAUUUUGUAAAAAGGAGUAAAACAAAUAUAUUAAUGAUAAUUUUUUAAAGGGUUAAUUAGAAAUAAUUCACAAGGUGGUUCCCCUCCUUUGAUCCUAUGUUAAUUAAAUAUUGUAUAUAUUGGAUACUUUUCCCCACUUCUCAGACAAAAAAGUUUUUUUUAUUUUAUUUACUGUAUUUAUAAUUAUAAUUGUGAUUUAAUAGGGAUGUAGGAAAAAUUACUUACAUACCCAUACAUGUUUAGUAUUGAUCAAAUCCAUAUCUGUGAAGAUAUCGAACUAGAGAUUUCCAGUUAUCACAAACUUAGGGACUGUUGGCUUCGGUGCCCUAUCACAGCCUCAUGCACUAAAAUCAUUUUCAAGAAUAGUACAUAUUAUCUUUGUGGAAAUGAUAAAUUUUAGUUUAAAACAUUUUAAGUUUUAGAUCAAAAUUUUACAUCAGAGAUUGCCAAAUUUUCUUUAACUGAAAGCUCCAGUCCAAGUCUGUUAAAAGAUUUGACAGGUAUGUGACCCGUGUGUAUGGCGACCAAUGUUUCCUAGCCCAUCAAUAGUUUCCCACUAACACCCUGCAUCCUGGAAACUGAAGUGAAACAAUACCAUUAAGAAUGGUAGAAAUGACGAUGCAUUUUAUACAAGAGAUAAUGAAGGAAUUGAUUUAAAGUGCCAAAAGAUAUGUCCAUAGAUAACAUUUACUGGUAUCCAUAGAUUAAAUUUAUUGGUGCCAGAAAUCUAAAUGUUCAAAUCUUUUCUCUGAAAUGUUACACAGUGACAACCUGUUCAAAAAAGCAUCAACAUGUGAAACAAUAGUUAAUAGAAGAGCUUAAUUGGUUAGAGGAUAAUUUCAACUACUGUAAUUUUAAUUUAGACUAUUGUCUCCCUAAAUUCCUCUUACUCUGUGAUUAGGUGCAUGGUUGAUGAGAUUUUUGUAAACAACUGGUAUUUAUUUGGGAUUAUGUAUCAAUGUAUAGAGCAGAGGGUGCUAUCAUUGUCUGAACCAAUAACCCGUACUCAUUUUUCUACGUCAUGUUGUUACAAUAAAUAUAUCCUCUUA